UAAUUAUUUACCCUACUUGUUCCUUCUCCCUCAAAGUCUAGGUCAUUAUUGACAGUGAUGGGGUCUUGUCCAUAUUCUUCAACCAAUACGAUGCCUAAUGUAUAAAAAAUCGGGUUGACCCUCGCGGGGGAUUUUUGAAUUGCGCUUCAGAUGGCGAACAUAUUUUAAAUCACAAUUGGAAAUUGGUUCAUCUGCCAGGCUAUCAAGUAGAGCUCUAGGUUCGGCCCUUAUCAGAAUGAGUUUUACAAGCCACAGGUGUGAAAAGGGGAUAGUAUCAUGCAUCUUGACUUCGGAUCUUCCAUUUACGGGGGAAAUCGCUGCCGCAUUUCCGGUCCAAGAUGAGGUGAGCUCUGAAGCCUUCUUAUACCAGAGUCUCGCUUCUCUGGGCGGAGUUUAAGAGGCGACAUUAUUGUCUUCGCUUUUGCACCACUCGACGAGAGCGGCCUUAAGGUCUUCAAGCUUGAUACAUCAUAAUGUCCACGCUGGUCAUGCGGGAGCUCAUCCGAGCCGGCGCCGAGAUCACCUGCUACAUCAAUGCGUUGAAGAUGCCCGAGGAAUUGGCCCAGAAGAAGGGCUACGCCGAGGUCGUGGAGGUCGUGCGGACCAAGUUCGGCCGGAAUGAGGUAUUGGGGCCGAGGGAGAAGGACCUGUUGGUCUCCAAGCCGGAUCGGGAGCAGGAGAUAGCGAGCCGCGUUUCCAGGGGGUUCAUCUGGCCGUCCAUAGAUGAGAGGUACACGUACGACGAACCCGCGAACGAAGGAGACAAUCAGGAAGACUUGUCUAAGAAGCGGGAAGAAAAGAGGAAUUCCCCGGGGACCAUCUUGCGUUUCAUUAAUGCUGAGCUCGGGAGGCUGCAGGCGAGGCAGACACUGCAGACGAGGGCCUUGGUGCAGCAGGACCAAGACCACGUCGCCAUCUCGAUGAGGAGCAGCCCAAAGCACCACGCGCGGCGAAACCACAGACGGGAUAAUACCGCCGCAUCGGCCCCACCAGGAGGCGGCCCCGAGCCCGGAGCAGCAACACAGCCGCGAGCCGGCGAGCAGCACGGGCCGGCGACAACGGCGGCGGCGGCUGCCGAAUAUCUCGACGAGGCCGCGGAGACGGCCGACGCCCACCUGAGAUUGUCCGGCUGGCAGCACAUAAUUGCGAAGCUGGUCCGGCUGGAGGAAGAUGCCAUGAGAGCAAGGACAUCGCGACAAGCCACCACGGAAAACGCCACCAGCCCCGGGAGGAAGUCCGACAUCCUGUUCUCGCAGUCCAGGGUGCUGUCCACCUUCUCCCGGGCGACGGUAGUCUUUGUGCAUAUUAUUCAGCUUCCCGUGAUCGGUAGCGUGGCCGGUACAUUUUUUCUCUGCAUCUUGGGGUGGAUGCUCUAUCAGAAGUUCGGAGUCAACGGUUCGGUGGGGAAGGACGGCAAGAAGAAGUAGAAUCUAGAAACUCGCUGUGCCUGAUGGGCCGAGAUCAAUAGGUAAUAAAUGGGGGAAGUUAUAUCUCGGGUUUUAGAUUGAGCUGGCGUCGAUGAUUGCUUACUGAUGACAUGGCUGGAUCAUGUCGGAGGUUGGCUGGUCCGAGGGAAAGCCACCUUGAUUGAAGCCCAUAUCGUUGGGCAAAUAUCCAUCUUAUCUUGUAGGUGACGUUCAAUUGACG